AUGGCACCCAGAACAAGAGAAUCCACCCGUACCUCCCCUCCUGCUCAAGGUUCGUCGAGAGAAGCUGGCAGACCUGUUUCAGAGGGAGCCGGUAAGGGUAAUAGCCCUUCGAGAGAGGAUGGCGAUGGAGAUACUGAAAUGAUCCCUCCCGCUCCUCCUCCGCGUCAUUGGACACUUCCAUCCAAUGAUGAUGAAUCAGAUACACCCUCAGUUGACGACUCUGGAGUGUUUUCAACGCGGUUCAUUAUCGUGGACAAGUUGAAGGCUAACUUGAGUGAUGGGUUUGAACCUAGUCUUGAUGGCCAACCUCAGGGGUUUGAUGGAUUAUUACGCCAGUUUAAUGCGUACUUGAAAUUCGCUGACUCUGUGUUACGGGUGUGUGACAUGGCCGGUCGACGAUCCCAAGGAAGAUUGACAGCUACUGAGGCUGAGAUGAUAACGUUGGCAAUCAUGUUGAAAUUGGGUUUGACCGGUCGUCAAGGAUGGGUCGGUCAAAGAGACCAACAGGGCAACCCAGACAAGCGAUUAGUGAUGGAAGCCAGCAGGACUGAAUCCGAGAUGAUGCAGGCUUUGUGGAAAGUUGAGCUUGUAACUCCGGAAGCGUGCAUUGCUAAAAUCCAUUCCAUGUACAGCUUGUACGUUGUGAAAGAAGAUAUGCGAGAGACCUUCAACUUCAAUCGGAUUUAUGAGGAGCACAUGAAAGUUCCCUUCCAUCACCGGAUGCAUAAUGUCUUGAUACCUUUGUGUCAACUUGGCACUUGGGAGACUGUUCGCCUGGCGGGUUCUGCCCGCAUCAGAAAGUUUAUGGAGGAAAACCCUAAUGACUGGUGGGAGAUACCUCCACCGCAAUUUCAUUACCAAUGGUCUGAAACCGUGGACCGGAGCAUCAACUUUACCCCAGUUGAGCGCCGUAUACCGUAUUUUGGAAUUGGUACGGAAGAAUCGGGACUCACUUUGGAGGGGUUAGUACCUUCUCAAAACCCUGUUGCCCUCAACACAAUGCAGUCGGGAGACUCCCAGAGGAACAGUGGUAAUUGGAGACCAAACAAGCGUCGGAACGGGGGCGUUCAGAACGACGAUCGGCAAGGUAACGGUAAGCGUCCUCGCCGUCCGCAGAAUCAGCAGAAUCGAGCACCGCAGGUGCGGAGCCAGGUUGCGAAGAGCAUUGUUGAUAGAAACAUCCAAUGUCGCAAAUGCAAGGGGUUCGGCCACAAACAGGCACAAUGCCCUUCUAUGACAAAGGCGAAAGAAGGUUUUUUUAAGAAAAAAUGA